AACAAGGUCAUUUUUCUCAUGGUUUCACAGAGCUAAUUUUCGCAGUUAUGAGGAACAGCCAAUUUGAUAAGCCCUUAUUUUGGAUUAUUUCACACCUGUUCCUCUUUCACAUCAACGCUUCAGGCUAUUCUCUGAUAGUGACGCAGAAUCCCACUGAAGUCGACAUUCACCUGAAGACCUCUGUCUCAUUGUCAUGCCAAUGGACAACUAAUUCUUCAGCACAGAAAGUCAGAGUAAUCUGGUAUAAGACUGAUCAACCCGCCAAUGAAUUACAAACAGUCGUGUUAAAUGGUACUGAACGGACCAACACUUUCAGCUUGAAAAUAUCCAGGUCAAAUGACUCUGGAGUUUAUAUAUGCAAAGUGAUAGUAGAAAUCCCACUUUUUCUGCAACAGCAAGGAAAUGGAACCCAAGUUUUUGUGUAUGGUUAUAACUCGACAAUGGACGCAGGCCUCUCAUGGAAGGUCCUGACAGCAGCAUGUGCAGGAGGGGCAGCAGUGCUCCUAAUUUUAGCAGCGGGCUGUUUAGCCUUAAGAAGAACCUUGAAACAGGAAAAAAAGGAAGAACCGUCAGUCCCCAUUUAUAUGAACUCUACACAAGGUUUUCAGAAGAAACAAAUGAGUUCAGACAAUAAAUGGAAAAAAAUGAAUGAAGAUCAUGGUCCAGAAAACACAACCGUGUCCAAAACAUUGCCGGAUUCCUAUAGCAAUCAAUUCAUUCGUGUGGACUGCGAAGACAUUUUUGCAGUGCAGCGUAAGAUGAAAAAUAAAAGAGCUAAUUUUUUCAUGGGUAAUGCUAACUCCUCCUUGAACACAGAGGGUAAAUUUCAAAGAAAGAGAAGCCUGCACAUAUAUAUAAACAGCAGAGAUCUGAGGAAGCAGACUCAACAGCCCGUAGGAGACAAUCUUGCUCACAAGAUUUGUGACCCUGUCAAAAAUCACAAAAACAAAAUGGUCAAGUCCGGAGACAACUGUGAAGAUGUGUAAUACAUUUAUUAAACAAAACAUGUUAGUCUGAUAUUAACAUCUUAGUAAAUUAAUGUCUUGAUAAUGUUUUGAUAAUGUUACAAUAUUUUCAGUCAGGAACUUGCACUGGCAUUCACUAGUAUUUAGGUUAAAAUGUUAACCAAAUAAUUGAUCCUUUCACAGAUUAAUGUCUGUGAAAGGAUAUUGCUAAUUCCUGUUCUGGACAGAAAAGAAACAUUAUGUACAGUAAUUAUAUGGCUUUGCUGUUAAUUGUUACUUAUGGUAAAGCAUUAUAUAUGUGUGAAGCCUUAUAAAUAAAAUGUUUUAUUUUAAUGUUGUUUUUAUUUAAAGAAAGCACCUCAAUCUCUACAAAUUAAUCAAUGCCAUGGAUUGCAUCAAAUAUACCAAGAUUUAUUUUCUCAGGAGUAUGUGCAAAUGAAUGUAUAUCCAUAAAUGUAUAUCAUGCUCCAGAUUCUUGUAUUUGUUUGGAAUUUUAUAUAAAUAAAUCAAUUUUUAAAAUUA